AAUGCAAUAUUAGAGAGAGAGAGAGAGGGAGGUCAGGGGGGUGGUGGCGUGAAAACAAGGACUAGGAGUACUCACGCCGUCCAAACAAACCUUUCGUGUGUCUGCCAACCCCAUGCGCAAUCAAUAACAUCCCCACCCUCCCCUCUCAUCUCCCUCUGUGCAGCUUAUUCAUGUAUAUAUACAUUUAUUAUGAGUCCUAUUUCUCUCGCACAACAUAUCAAUAUUAAUUCCUUUGCCACACCCUCUACAUAAAUACAUCAUUGGCAUAUUCAGAACUCUCUCUCUCUCUCUCUCUCUCUCCAGAAACAUUCACCCAACUCAAUAUCAACACCUCUCUCUCUCUCUCUCUCUCUGGCCCUCUCGAUCGUAAACGCAGCAGCAACACAUUUUUCUGCGAGUAUAUUUGUUUUGUCUCUGUCUCAGGAGAGAUAUCAAUGGAUCAGAUGGAGUCUUGUGUCCCACCAGGCUUUAGAUUUCACCCAACAGAAGAAGAACUAGUGGGUUACUACCUGAGGAGAAAGAUUAACUCUCUGAAAAUCGAUCUAGAUGUUAUUGUUGACAUUGAUCUCUACAAAAUUGAGCCAUGGGAUAUCCAAGCCAAAUGCAAGCUAGGGUAUGAUGAAAGGAAUGAGUGGUACUUCUUCAGUCACAAAGACAAAAAAUACCCAACUGGAACACGGACUAACAGGGCCACUGCUGCCGGUUUCUGGAAGGCAACAGGAAGGGAUAAGGCCGUGUUCUCAAACAACCUAAUCAUAGGGAUGAGAAAGACUUUGGUUUUCUACAAGGGAAGAGCACCCAGUGGUCGGAAAACCGACUGGAUCAUGCAUGAAUAUAGGCUACAAACAUCUGAAAAUGGACCUCCUCAGGAAGAAGGAUGGGUCGUGUGUAGGGCAUUCAAGAAACCGAGUCCUAAUCAUAGACAAGGUUUUGAAGCUUGGGUUCAUGGGCACUAUCACAGAGAUAACAGCCAAGUUAGACCUCCAGCAUUUUCAGAUUUAGUAGGCAGUACAACACAUGAAGAGGUUAAUCCAAAUCAAGCUGCAACUUUUGAUUAUCCUCAACCUAUCAUGAUCAAUUCAGUACGUCAAGAGCUUGUUUGCAGCCAUGGUACAAAUCUUUUGGCCAACCAACUGAUUGAGCUCCCACAACUGGCCGAUAGCCCUAGUACUCUAUCAACUAGUUUGGCAACAAAAGAAGGUAAUUUACAGCACAAUGGUAUCGCCAUUAAUGAAGAUUUUGAAGACGAAAGGAGCAGUAUUACCAGCCAUUACAUUGACUGGAGAAAUUUGGAUGACUUGCUAUCAUCACAAUUCAGUACUCCUGCCACAACUAAUUCCUUUCCUCAUCCAAACUUUCCAUUGAUAGCCCAGGAAAAUGAAGCUCAAAACAAUGCAGGUGGCCAUUUCCUUGGGUGCUUUCCUGACUUGUAACAAAGCUCACCCGCAGCGGCCACCAUCUUUAUCUGUAAGAUGAUGAUUUCAUCAUAAUAAUAAGCUUUUGGAAUUAAGGUAAUUGAAUUCCCCUGUAGAAUUCUCAAAGAGAUUACAUACUGAAAACACAUAUAAACUAGAGAAAGAGCACUCAUGAAUUUGAUUGAUGAUGGGAGACUUCCUGCAGAUCAGUAAAAUCUGAUCCUACAGUAUCUUAGGGUUUAUCUAGGUGAAAGUUUUCACCAGCUUAUAAAUUACUUGUGUGUCAUAUUUCUUCAACUGUAAAUCGUGCUUCAUUGCAUGCAUUUAUUUGGAUUCAAUGAAUUAUUCGUUUGUUGUGAGAUUGUGCUUUGUAAUGUACAUUAUAAAAUUGUGCUUCAAUAUUGCA